CAGCAGACCCAAAGCAAUGGAGAUCCUUUGGUUCAUCUUCAUCUUCCUCUCUCUGACCAGUCACGGAGAUGCUUAUGGACCAGAGAGCUGCAACUCCGACGGAGGCCUGUGCCGAGUGGGGAGUUGUGUUUCUGGUGAAUACCUGGCCAGGUUCUGCUUUGAACCCAUCAUUCUCUGCUGUAAGAGGGUGUCACACACUGCCACCAAGAGCUGAAGGUUUCCAAAGGAGGACAUUGCGGCGCAUGGAGAGCUGCAGGCUCCGCCAAGGAGGAAGGAGCAGCUGUUGGGAAGGAAAUGCUCUGCCAUUCCGUGGCUGCUGCUCUCCUGGGAGAACACAGCUGUGGGUUCUCUCCUGGGUUUCUGAAGAUGUUGCUUUUUUGGGGGUUGCUGUGACUUUAUAGGAAACAUUGUGGUAAGAAGAAUCUGGGGCCGUAGGGCUUAGCGUCCAGUUGGGUGUCUGCUUGUUACUGUCAUGCACAGAUGAGAAGUUGCCUUUCUUUUUACCUGAAAGCAAUAAAC